AUGUCAACAGAAUCUCCAAAUGCAUUCUGGCACCCUGCUUUUAUGCCGAAUUCCUCAGCAGACAUAAUUGCGACACGAUCUCCCGAAUCACCUCAGUCUGGUCCAUUAAUUCCGGAGCCCAUCCUCGAGCCCUCGAAGCCGGAUUUAGCUGCGCCGAUAACAAGGUCAGAUGCCGCGAGUAAUAUAAGAGGUCUCGACACUUAUAGGUUAAGUAGAGAAGGCCUAGCGGAUGAAUCUCGAAUUGAGAGUGGGAACAUAGCUCCGUUGAAGCUGCCAGGUCCAUCUCCACCGACUCCACCCCAAGAUGCUGCAAAUGGGGCUGUGGAGGCCCAACAACCAGCUGCGGAAGCAGGCGAGGAUAAUAAAGAACAUCCCGAAUUAAACAAUCUACGAGAUGCGCUCGCCACAUCCUUAGCCAGUCCGGGUGGAGUUGAGUUGGUUGAGAACCCAAUACAUAAUGGCGGAUCACACCCCGACAUGGUUGAAGGAGACAAGGCCAAUUUUCCAUCAGAAGGCCCGAAUCACAGAACUAAGCACAUGUCAUUUGCCCGUACUGUCUCGGAUGAAGUGAGCUGGGGCGAGGACGAUGAGGUGGAUCCAAAAUGGAAUAUUCAACGAACCGAUACAGAUCCGUUCAAGGGGAUGGCCAAAUCAGACAGAACGAACUCAUUCCCAGAAGUGCCACCCACACAUGCAGCUCCAACUUUUCACCCUGAUGAAUCACUACCCCACAGCCAAGCAGAGGAUAUCAUGAACCAGGUCGAGCAUGAAUCAAAGGAUCCUUUUGGAGACGAGGGCGACGACGUUGAUGCCGACUUCUUUGCUAGAACUUCAGCCACCAAACAAGCAACUGAUGAUCUUUUCCCGGAGGCCGAAGUUGAGGAAAGUGAAAGGCCAUUUGACUACGGCCAAUCUUAUGGAGGAGAACUUCGCCAAGAAGAGGACCAGGAAUCCGAGGCUCGAUAUGAGGAAGGCCUUCCCCUCGUCCAAUCCCCGGAGAACCACCAAUCUGUGGAGCGUGUAUCUGGCUCAAAUCACCCAACAUUUACAGACGAUGAAGCCGAGGAUGAUUUCUUUGCUCAAGUUAGCAAAGAUGAUCAAACUCACGAAGAACCUCUGUCGGGGCCAUAUCUUGAAAGAAAAUCAACUAUGCAAGCUAUGGACUCGACGGACUUUUUACCCCACGCUCGUGCUCAGCAUGAUAUCAUCCAAGAGGAGAGUAUGGAAAGCGCUCAAAGUUCACUAGACAUGGCUAGGGGCGGAGGAAUCGGCACAUCAAUAAGUACUGUGUUGUCCCAAGUACUUUUAGAGCCUGAUGCAGCCACGCACAACCAACCUGAAGCUACAGCGGGCUUAGGAACGGAAACUGCAGAUGAUCUUGCUGAAAAAUGGAAAGCGGCAUUGGCUGGUGAUGAAUUUUUGGACGAUGACGAGGACGAACUUCUCCCCGAUGACGAUGAGCCUGCUGAGAAGGACGCCGAGGACAAUGCUCUAGAUCCAGCUGCUCUCUUUGGAAGCGAUGAUGAAGGAUUCCUGGAGGAUAACGACGAGCAGAAUAUCACUGACGCAUUUUCACAACAAAAAAGCCCCCCCAUUCCAACGCCAGUUGCAGGGCCAAAUGGUCACGUGGUUGGGUUUGACAGUCUUGGUGGCCCAGCUCAGAUGAAUCGACCGGGGAGCAGUGGUCGCGCUGGAAGCAGUGGCACAAGUCGUUAUUUGCCUCCCGGUGCGAAUACAGCUGCACCUGCACCAAGCAAUAAUUAUGCUCCCUCUGGACCAAUGUUGACUGAUCUCACCAGACCGGCUUCCACAGCUGCGGUACCUUCGUCUUAUAUGUCCCCUUCAAUGUCUACUUUCCCGACGCAACAGCAACAGAGGCCCGAAAUUUCCAAAGCCCAAAGCUUCGCGGACAAGUCUAAAGGUGGUUAUCAUUCGCCAUACGAUUUGCCUAUGGACGUUGUGAAACCUCGAAAGCGGGUGAGCAUUCAACACAUGCAAGCAAAUUACAACAAUGCUCCUGCUGCAAGUGUUCCUCCUCCGAGAAGCAGCAGUAUGUAUACUCAGCCACCACCACCGUCGAGAGGGUCUACGUCAAGUCUAUCGCCCCCAACAAGCAGUCACGGUGUUCCGCGGAGUAAAAUGCAGUCAAUUCCAACGCCGCCGUCAGCGCAGUCUCAAGAGGCCCCAGCCAAAACCGUCAGAAAAUCACAAAGCGGUUUUUUUGAAGAGUUACCAAUGUCAACAAAACCUCGACUUGCCCCAAGACAUUCGAGCGCAUUUUCUUCGCCCGCACAAAUACCCUAUGGCGCACCAAGCCCUACUCAUCCCGCCUCACCGAGUGUAGGUCGGCCACCAUAUGCUCCGUCAUCUGUACAACAACACCCUGUCCAGCCUCCGUCUCCACAUCAAGGCUUGGUUGCCCCUGAAAGAGUCAGCCCCUAUGCUUCUCUUCCAUCUGGGAAUGUGGCCGUCCCCGCGGUAGCAACAAGGUAUUCGCCAGCACCGCCGCCGCUUACUCACAGCCAUACAGCACCGCCGCCACCUGUAUCUCAGUCUCGAUACUCACCUGCACCCCCAAACCCACGUCAAAGUAUGCCAUCUUACAACUCUGCUCCUUCUAAUCAACUACCGCAAUCCGCACCACCCCUGCCCCAUCAACCACGGACAUCGAGCCCUCUUGCACACUUUGAGAGAAGUCAAGAUCCGCGAUCACAUGGCUCGUACUCAGAAACGGCGAGCUUUGAUCGCCGAGGUAGCUCGUCUGGUUACGAGUCAAAUCUUAGAACAAGUCACCUCCCUCCUACUCGUGAAGUCGACGAAAACGAGCAGCUGUCGUUGUCUGCGGCCCGUAAUUAUGGCGAGCUUCAAGAACAGCCCCCACAGCCCGCUUCACGACCUCCACAUUCUACCCAUCCACCUCCACAUACCACUCAUCCAGUUUCUCAUACCACUCGCCCCGUUUCUCAUACCCCCCCUCCACCCCAAAGACUUUCUUCCCGUCUCGUGAGCUCUCCUCCGAAAAGGGCAACACCGAAUUAUCAACCUCAACAACCAUCUACCGGCCCACCACAAGCAUUUUUGCCGCCACAAAGAUCACAGACACAAUCUCCAGGGUCGGCCUAUGCUGGACCUAGAUUAGAAAUGACCUCAUCAGUCCCUUAUCAACGUCCUGCAUCGGUCGAGGUCCCGCCAUCGCCAAGACCAAACAUUGGAUACUCGACGAUGCCCGUGCCAUCUUCAAUGAGUCGACCAAGGGGUUUUUCACAAGGCCUGAACUACGUUACUCCUACAGAUGGUCGUGAACAUGACCCUCUGCAAAGAUGGAAAGGAGCUCCCGUCUUUGCUUGGGGCGUUGGUGGCACAAUCAUGACCUCGUUUCCAACGGAUGUCCCUCGAUAUGGAAUCAAUCAAGUAACCCCAAUGAUUGUUCGAAGCCCUGGCCAGGUUAAAAUCCGCAACAUUAAGGAAGUUGAUCCUCUUCCGGAACGUCUGACUAGCUUCCCCGGCCCAUUAAAGGGCAAGGCGAAGAAGAAAGAGGUUAUCGCGUGGCUGGCCUCUGGGAUCGAGAUCCUUGAACAGAAUGCCUCAUAUCUGCGAUCGGCGUCGCAACUGUCCCACGAAGACAAACGUAUCGAAGAAAGGAUAUUGCUCUGGAAGAUCCUGCGUGUUUUCAUUGAAAACGAUGGAACUCUAGAAGGGAACGACGUCGUUAUGAAGGCAGUCCGUGCUGUACUAUCUCCAGGACUAGACGAUACUUCUUUGGAUGCUCCAUUGUACGCUACUGGAGCUGAACUUUCGGGGAUUUCAAGAUCUGCAAAUGCGCCAAGCGCCGACCCGAUAGACCCUGGCGCGGUUGAGGAACUGAGAAAAUAUCUUCUACGCGGUGAGCGUGAGAAAGCAGUAUGGGAAGCGGUUGACAAAAGAUUGUGGGCCCACGCAAUGCUUAUCUCAAACACUGUGUCUCGUGACCUCUACAAGCAGGUUGCACAAGAAUUUGUUCAGAAGGAGGUCAAGAAUAUCGGAGACAACACACAAUCUCUUGCCGCUCUAUAUGAAAUCUUUGCGGGCAACUUCGAGGAAAGUAUUGACGAGCUUGUCCCCCCAUCUGCUCGAGCAGGAUUUCAGAUGGUCAGCACUUCAAAUGCUGCUGGGCCAUCAAGGGAUGCCCUUGAUGGGCUUGAUCGAUGGCGAGAGACUCUCGGGCUUGUUCUGAGCAACAGAAGUGUCGAUGACAGUCUGGCUCUAAAUGCCUUUGGCAAGCUGUUAUCGGGUUAUGGCCGUGCCGAAGCGGCGCACAUCUGCUUCUUGUUUGCAAGAAGUCACUCUAUGUUUGGUGGAAUUGAUGACCCGUCAUCAACCAUCGUCCUGGUUGGAUCGGAUCACUUGAGACAACCACACGACUUUGACCGAGAGAUGGAACCCAUUCUCCUCAGUGAGGUCUUUGAAUAUGGAAUGUCUCUCUCAAAUACCUCGAACUUGGCGAUCUCCAUCCCUCAUCUUUCAGUCUACAAGUUGCAGCAUGCUACGAUUCUGGCUGAAUAUGGCUACCGAGAGAAAGCGCUUCAAUACUGCGAAGCCAUCGCUACUUCGAUUACAUCGCAAACAAAGAGAUCACCAUAUCACCAUCCUCACUUGGUAGCUGCCCUUGAUGAUCUGAGUAAACGACUAAAGCAAUCGCCUAAAGACGACUCGGGUUCUUGGAUCAAGAAACCAACGGUCGAGAAGGCCACGAGUUCCGUAUUUACUAUGUUUAACAAAUUCGUUGCUGGCGACGAGACUGAAGCUGCUGCAGCAGGAUCAAGUGCCGGAAGUGCGAAUGACAUUGGUCCCUUUGCUCGUAUUGCUGGCGGUACCCCAACGAUAAGUCGUUCGCCUUCGAAUGCAGAGUUGUAUGGUUCUUACAACGGUGGACUUGGUAUCAAUGGCAGCGCUGCUGGGCUAACAACGAAGGCUGCAUCAAGAUACGCUCCUGGAGCUCCGUACACACCACCCAGUCACGAGCCCCAGUCUGCGACAUCAUACGGAUCCCAGCCUCGAAGCUCGAUGGAAGAAAGAUCAUCCGGGGAGUUCCGACGCUACGAACCACAACGGCAGAUGUCCCAGAUGUCCGACUAUCGUCCAAGCUCACAGCCAGUCAAUCCGGUCAACCCCCCCAGUAUUUCCACGCCACAGACAAGCUCCAGUUACACACCACAAUCGUCAUACACUCCCUACGGUAAUACUGGCUCUCCCUAUGCUGAAUCACCGUAUGCUCCUCAACCAACUACUCCUGUCACUGAACAAGUUCCUGCGGACAUCUAUUCUUCUCCUCAACAGCUAAACAAUUACGAGGGCACGCAGCAAACAACAUCAUACGCUCCCCCACAGCCACUCUUCUCUCGGGAGCCCUCCUCAAGCUAUGAGCCUCCUCGUUCAAGCGGGUAUGAACCUGCCUCAUCCAGCUACGAGCCCCCAGCAUCUGGCGGCUAUGAGCCACCGCCAUCUAGCUACGAGCCCCCGGCCACAGGUGGAUAUGAACCACCAAGCAGCAGUUACGAACCGCCGUCGUAUGAACCUGCAACUAUGGAUGAUGAACCAGACUCUCCGGUCGACACAAGGCCGAAGAAAAAAUCAUUCAUAGAUGACGACGAGGACGACAUUCCAGCCUUGAAAGCCGCUCCAACUUCACGAGAAAAGACCAAAGCUGAGAAAGAUCGUGAGGCCGAUGAGGCGUUCCGUAGGGCCGCCGAAGCUGAUGCACAAAAAGCCAACGAAGCAGAAGCCGCAAAGAAGAAGGGCGGAGGCUGGGGUCUCGGCGGCUGGUUCGGCGGCUCCAAGAAAGAGCCAGACAUGGGUGCGCAGCCCAACAAGCCCAUAAAAGCUAAGCUCGGUGAAGCCAACAACUUCGUCUACGACCCCGAGCUCAAGCGCUGGAUCAACAAGAAGGCCGGCGCCGAGAACACGGAAGCUAAGACUGCGACCCCUCCGCCGCCAAGAGCGGGCCCACCUCGAAUUGCAAGCGGACCGCCUACCGCUGGGCCGACGUCGACGCCGCGGAUUCCGCCACCUGCUCAGCGCGCCGUUUCCGAGGCUGGUCCGCCUCUUACGUCGCAGAGCGAGUCGAAUUUGGUGCCGCCGGGAAUGAGCAGGAGUGUCAGUAAUGGGAGUAGUAUUGGAGGCAGUGGACCGCCUACCGCACCGCCGAGUAGACCGGGCACAGGAAUGAGUAACGCGAGUAGUAUUGAUGAUCUGCUGGGUCCGCCGUCGGCCGCUGGGGGGAGGAAGGGCACGGCAAAGGGGAAGAAGAAGGGGAGGGGGUACGUUGAUGUUAUGGGGGAGAAGUCUACUUAG